UAAAUUUCCCAACCACAGAAAUAGUAUAAUUUUUUGUAAUUAUUUUAACUCUCCACCGCCGAGCUCGAAACUCAAAAUCCCAUGGGUUUAGCUUCAGCCGUUCACCACGGCGGUGGCAUUCGAAUCGCUCUCAAUUUUGAUCGCAGGGUUGCGCCAAUCUCGCCUCCGGUUCAAGCUCCCAGAUGGACCAAGCUCCGGUUCGAUCAUCCUCGUCUCUCUACUAUUCAAUCAGUUAUCAAUAUCCGCCGCACGCAAUACUUCCCGGUCGUCUGCUCCAGAGGAAUGGAGCAGGAGGAUUUAUCGACAGCAGAAGGGGAGAGGAUAGCUUCGUAUUCAUAUGCUGAUUCAGAGGAGAAACUUCAGGAAAAUGAAACUUAUGCAUCGUCUGUUAAAACUGUUGCUCUGUGGGUCUGCGCCGCCGUGGCUUUUGGAGUUGGUCUGGGAUUGAAGGAGGGAGUUGGCCCGGCAUCAGAAUACUUUGCUGGGUACAUAUUGGAGCAAAGUUUGUCAGUGGACAAUUUAUUUGUCUUUGUUCUGAUUUUCAAGUACUUCAAAGUGCCACAUAUGUAUCAGAACCGGGUACUAUCUUAUGGUAUUGCUGGUGCAGUCAUCUUCCGUUUGUCAUUAAUACUGCUUGGAACAGCCACCCUUCAGAGGUUUGAGAUUGUCAACCUACUACUGGCUGCUGUACUCCUCUUCACAUCUUUCAAGCUAUUUUCUGAUGACGAUGAGGAUGACAGUGAUCUGUCCAACAACUUCAUAGUGAAGACAUGCCGGAGAUUUAUCCCUGUCACAACUAAUUAUGAUGGUAAUAGAUUUAUAACAAAACAGGAUGGCAAUUGGAUAGCCACUCCUUUGCUUCUCACAGUAGCGGUUAUUGAGCUCAGUGACAUAGCCUUUGCUGUUGACUCAAUACCAGCUGUUUUCGGUGUUACACGGGAUCCUUUCAUAGUUUUUUCAUCUAAUCUCUUUGCUAUCUUAGGUUUAAGGUCACUUUACACACUCAUUGCUGAGGGUAUGGCAGAUUUGGAAUAUCUACAGCCUUCCAUUGGAGUUGUUCUAGGUUUCAUUGGGUGCAAAAUGAUCCUUGAUUUCUUUGGAUUUCAUAUAUCUACAGAGGCAUCACUUGGUUUUGUAGCGGCAAGUCUUGGUGCUGGAGUGCUGUUGAGUUUAGCUAAGAAGGCUGACUUGCUGUAAUCAAGUUAAAUGCAAGAGCAGGUGAAGGGUCUGUAUUCUGUAUGUUUAUUCUUCAAUAUAAGGAAGCACGCAAAAUGUUGCUCAUUCUUUUUUUUCUCACCUCUCUUCAACCUUCAAUGAAGAUCAAUGAUAGCUGUCUCGUUCUUCCAUGUCUUUUUUUGCUCAUUUAGUAACUCCUUUGUUUUUUGUUCUUGACGUGAGGUGAAAAGAAUAUAUUCAAGGAAAGCUUUAUAAAAAAAUUACUAGUAUCACCAGGCAUAAAUAAUUAAAAGAUUGCCGUUGAUGGGAGAAAGUUAUUUUCAGUAAUGCCUUAAACAAUUUAAAUUUAUCCAUGAUAGAUAUAGCUGAAUAUUUGUAGAGAUUGUAUACAAUGUGAAAGAAAAGCAAAACGUCGCAUUAACCUCAUGCUAACUUAGCGAGGACAGGAGUUGGACCAUUUUAUAGGGAUAGAUCAGGGAAUAUUAUUCAUGCGCCAGCCACGGUGGUUUCAUGCAGUUCCUGUCUUAUAAGCAAGGCUGGGGCACUUCUCAAAGGAAAUAAAUUAGCCAUCUUUCUGCUGUUUAAGGAAGCUGUUUUUGAGUCAGAUUCUGCUGUUCUCAUAUCUUCAGUGAAUGAUCCUUUUAGACCUCUUCACUGGGAAGUUGAUGCUGUAAGUCAGAGCAUCAGGUGGUUGAGGAACCUCUUCUUUCAGGUUUUGUCAUGUUUGUUGUGAAGAAAACUAAGUGGCUGAUUGAAUUGCAGAAAAAGCAAAGUUCAAUUAUGCCCGUAUGAGUGUGUUCUUACACCCAACCAGAUCUUGAGAACCUUAUCUUGUUGGAUUCUUAAUCUUAACGUUUUGUUUGUUGAAUGUCAAAAAAGAAGAGUAAGUUUCUGCGUUUGUAGUCUAUUAACAUUUAUAGGCUUUAUUGUUGCUUAAUCGAGUGAGGAAUGAAAGAACGAUUAAAUGGUGUUCUCUCUGUAA